AUGGAACCGAAAAUUGAGACGGUGGCUGCUGUCAUGACUCGAUUCGGGGGCGAUGUCAAGAUCCACCUGAGUUCCCUGAAGAAGAAGCAGGCAGAAAAUGACCCAUCAGAAGAAUCAAUCAUCAAUACUGCCCAAACUAAGGCUGCAAUCCUCCGAGAGACGUCCGUCCCCUUGACUACGUGGCGGGGUUCUUCUGGAUUUUUAUCGAGAAAUCUUCAUCUGAUGCGUGGGGAAGCAUCCGAAUCAAUCGACUGUUACUUUAUUGCUCCCUUGGCUUUCCGUUCUGCCUCCGACCUCAUCCGCAAUGGUAUCGAGGCAGGCUCCUCUCCUAGCCAAAGCAAGGCAUACAGACUUAUUGAAGGACCCCCUCCCUUCUGUGAAGAACUCCUUAUCCAUCCCUUUGCCAACGCACCACCGCAGUCUAGAGCUGCAAGUCCCUCUCUAUGCCAAUUGAUGGGCCACACCACACACAAGCCGGAUAACGGCAAUUCGUAG